CGGACAAAGGGAUCUUCGUGCCCCCCCACAUCCAUCCACCUAUGGUAUGGUAACGCUUUGUUCCGGAUGUACCCUGUGCUUAAAGGAUUGUACCUUCGCCUUUCUCGUCACAAACCCAAAACCACCGCCCGUCACAACCGUUACUGGAUUACCGCUGGCGCUACGUCUCCUACGACUCCACCCCUGCAGGCCGACAUCAAGCACUUCUGAUAAAACCCGCCGAUAUCUUCUCCCCUCGCUAACCAUGUCUUCAACCGCCGGAGCCUCCGCUCCUUCUUCUUCUUCAAAUUGUGCCACAACAACCUCUGAAGAUGCCGAUACACUUCGUCGGAAUCGAAUUUUAUCGAGCACGCUCUACUUUGAUGUACCUGUCUCGAAGGCUCCAAUAAUCUAUUCGACUUCUUAUGAUAUUUCUUUUCUUGGAAUUGAAAAACUGCACCCAUUUGAUUCUUCUAAAUGGGGUCGCAUAUGCCAGUUCCUCAUUGAAAAUGGCGUUUUGGAGAAAACCCAUAUAGUUGAGCCUCUAGAAGCAACCAAGGAUGAUCUUCUAGUGGUUCAUUCAGAAUCAUACUUGAAAAGUCUCAAAAGUAGUCUUAAUGUCUCCAUAAUUACAGAGGUCCCUCCUGUUGCAUUAUUCCCUAACUGCAUUGUUCAGAAGAAGGUUCUUUAUCCAUUUCGUAAACAGGUGGGAGGAACUAUUCUAGCAGCUAAACUUGCUAAAGAGAGAGGUUGUGCCAUCAAUGUAGGUGGUGGAUUCCACCAUUGUUGUGCAAAUCGAGGAGGAGGAUUUUGUGCAUAUGCUGACAUAUCUCUUUGCAUCCACUAUGCUUUUAUCCGUCUAAAUAUUUCAAGGGUUAUGAUAAUUGAUCUGGAUGCUCAUCAAGGAAAUGGCCACGAAAAGGAUUUUUCAGAUGACAGAAGAGUCUACAUUCUGGAUAUGUACAAUCCAUAUAUCUAUCCACUUGAUUAUGAGGCCAGGAGAUAUAUUGAUCAGCCAGUUGAAGUUCCUAGUGGAACCACAACAGAUGAGUACUUGAUGAAGCUGGAUGAAGCACUUGAGGUUGCAGGAAAUGCAUUUGAUCCUCAACUUGUCAUUUACAAUGCUGGAACCGAUAUUUUAGAUGGAGAUCCAUUAGGAAGACUCAGGAUAAGUCCUAAUGGGGUAGCAAUUAGAGAUGAGAAGGUAUUCAGGUUUGCCCAUGACAAGAACAUCCCACUUGUAAUGCUGACAUCAGGUGGUUAUAUGAAAUCAAGUGCCAAAGUGAUUGCUGAUUCAAUUAUAAACCUCUCAAAGAAAUCCUUGAUCACCAUGGGUGGCACUCCAAGAACAAAUUAGACAUUAUCAUGUAUAUGCAUAUUCAUCUGGUCAGUGUUCUUUGUGAAUUGUGAAUUAGGGUUUAUGAGUUGUAGUAAUCCUAUAGUAGUAGAACAUGCAUGCACAGAUUUGGUGCUUUUGUAAUAGAUACA